UCAGACAGAUCUGUUCACCAGCUCCUACACUCCUACUCUGAGUUGGAACAUUGUAGGUGUGUGUAUGCAUGCGCGUGUGCAUGUCAGCCUGCCUGAGCUUGAGAUUGCAGGGAAUUGAGUAGGCACAUGGUUGCUCAUUUGUAAGUGUGAUCCCACUUGAGAAAAAGACAGUGACAAAGAGAGAGAAGGAAAAACAAGAGGGAAAGGUGCCAAUACCAGUUCAGCAGAGAAAACAGGCAGGGAGAGCGAAUAAAGCAUUUCCACGUCCAGUACAAUGGAAGACUAUGCGGCGUCCUUCUGGAUUUACAUCGGCGUGAUGGCCUUCUUUGUUUGUGGAGCGGUGAAGAAGUUUCUGACAUCCCACAUCGGUGCCAUGCCCUCGGUCUUGGUAUGGCUAGGUGCCACUCUGUUGGUGGAGAGACUUUGUAUCCUGUGCAUGCCUGCUGUGCUGGCAAGAUUGGUCCUCUGUGUCUCCUGCUGGCUGUACUUCACAUGGGCCACCCCCAAGCCAUCCCUUCCAGUUGAGGGAAAGGUUGUCUUCAUCACAGGUUGUGAUUCAGGAUUUGGUAACGCCACAGCGAAACGGCUGGAUGCUAUGGGUUUUGAAGUGUUUGCAACAGUAUUGAAUCUGGAAUGUGAGGGAGCCAAAUACUUACGCAGAGUCUGUUCUCCACGCCUUAACCUUCUGCAAGUAGACAUCACUCAACCUCAGCAGGUCGAGCAAGCCCUGCUCGACACCAAGGCCAAGCUUGGCAUGAGAGAUCUGUGGGGGCUUGUCAAUAAUGCUGGCUUGUGUGUGAAUAUUGGGGAUGCUGAACUCUCCCUAAUGUCAAACUACCGAGGAUGCAUGGAGGUUAACUUUUUUGGAACGCUUUCUGUCACAAAGACCUUCCUACCACUUCUGAGGCAGUCUAACGGGCGGAUUAUAACAAUCUCCAGCCCUUCAGGAGAGCAACCCUUCCCUUGUUUGGCUUCAUACGGGGCUUCAAAAGCUGCUCUGAAUCUUUUCAUCAACACACUUCGCCACGAGCUGAAGCCAUGGGGUGUCAAAGUUUCCAUUAUCUUACCUUCUGCCUUCAAGACAGGACAGAGCAGUGACACUGAGUACUGGGAUAAACAAUACAAUAACCUGAUCCAGAACCUGCCCCCAAGCCUUCUGGAAGAAUAUGGGGAAGAAUACCUGCUGGAGACCAAGGAGCUCUUUCAGAGUUACGCAAAAACAGCCACCGAGGAUCUGAGCCCUGUAAUCGACACCAUCGUGGAGGCGCUCCUCUCUCCUCAGCCCCAGAUGCGCUACUACGCCGGGCCAGGCUUAUAUAUCAUGUACUUCAUCUGCAGCUACUUGCCUUUAUGCUUCGGUGACAAGUUCCUCCAGAAACUGUUUGUAAAGAAGAAGCUCUUACCACGUUCCCUGAGGAAACAUCAGGAGCUGAGUCUCAACAAUAACAACAACAACAUCAAUGAUAUGAAUAAGAGUAACAACAGCUUCACAAAGAUUAUCAAUUAGUUCAGGUGACGCACAAUCUAAAUACAUCUUUUAGCGCCACUAAUGUGAUCUGCUUAUAGUGAUUUUGUUUCCAUUGUGUAUACUUUACUUUUCUCAAGUUUUGUUGUACAGUAUAUAUUGUGAAUUUUGGGGAUCACUGAAUUGCACCAAAUAAUCUGUUGAUUUGUACCCUGGGACAUUUAAGGCAACUGACUCUGAUAAGAAUACAAGCUCAUGCCCACACAGUAUGUAAUAUUUAUAUUCAAGUUCUCAGGCAAAGCAAAAUCCAAACAGAUAAAGAGUACCUUAUUCUGCAAAAUGCAUUUUAACUUUUAAGACUUUCUUUUCUAACUACACUGGAGUGGUUCAUUUUAUCAUUACUCGGGUCAGAUAUGACUGCAACAUCAAAAAAUAUCAUGGGUUGUAUAUGUCUGGAUUUUAGAUAAGUGACCAAUGGACUGAAAAGGUUCCUUAAGUCAGAAGUCCUUUUUAAAGUGUACUUUAGUUUUGUAUUUGUUUUACUUCUUUUAUUUUUUCUCUGUCACAUUUGUGGCUUAUUUAUGCCAUUUUGUUUUCAAUAAAUCACUGUAUUAUAUUUUAUAAAAACAUGAAAAAACAGUAUAGAAAAAUGUAAAUUGUUCACUUGAUCAUGCUUGGUGUAUAUUAAAGUUGACUUUUUAAAAAUUC